AUGCUCCGCGGCCAGACCCUCCCCUGGAGAGCUGCGCUCCAUCAAACGCCUCGACCUCUCCUCCGACGCCCGUUUCUUGCUUCACCGAGAUACAAUGCAACCUUUCACUCAACACUAAUCUCAGCCCGCCUCGGCCACUCUCUUCCCUCGUCCUCCCGCGCCUUCUCUGUCAGCUCCAUCCAGCGGAAAGAGAAGCCCCCACCAGAGGACCCCAAAGACGAGCUGGAAGAGAAAGAAGAGCAUGAGAUCAAUCAUAAUGAUAAAGAAACAGAUCGUGCACCUGAAUCGCGGAGGAAGGGGGCUGAAUCAGCAAAAGGCAUCUCUUCCGCAGACCAGGUAGCUCACACGCGGAGAAAGGACCGGUCAUCUGAUAAAGAGCGCGGAGUUGAAGAAAGGACGAAGAAGGAUGCCAAUGCAUUGGAAGGAAAGGAGGACUCGAACGAUACACCUUCACCGAUCCCACCAAGUGAUAGCCCGGCCGACUCAAAACCCAGCGGCGCAAGCAGUGGCGGUAAUAGCGGAAAUGACGACAGUGGAAAGAAGGGUAAGAAGGGAUCUGGAGAAAAGGCUUUACAAAAGCCGACAGUUCCGGACGUUUACCCCCAGGUGAUGGCAAUUCCCAUUGCCAAGCGUCCACUUUUCCCCGGCUUUUACAAAGCGAUCACUAUUCGCGACCCGAAUGUCGCCGUUGCGAUCCAGGAUAUGAUGAAACGGGGCCAACCGUACGUCGGGGCAUUCUUGUUCAAGGAUGACAACGCCGAUGGCGAUGUGAUUGAGAAAUUGGAUGAUGUUUACGAUACCGGAGUUUUUGCUCAGAUCACCGCCGCAUACCCUCUUCGCGGGGAGGCAAGCGGUGUGACCGCAGUUCUCUACCCCCACCGACGUAUCAAGAUCUCAUCCCUACUUCCUCCUGGUGAGAACAAAGAUGCCGCAGCCCCACCCGUGCCUACAUCGGAAGAUAAAACGACCGAAAAGCGAGGUGAUGUUGUGGCCAGCUUCGAAGAAGGCGCCCCCGAGGCAGCUCCCCAAGACCAUUACGAACCCACCUCAUUCCUCAAGAAACACCCUGUCAGCUUGGUCAAUGUUGAAAACUUGGUUGAAGAGCCAUUCGAUAAGAAGAAUGCAAUCAUCCGUGCGGUAACCAGCGAGAUUGUCAAUGUGUGCAAGGAGAUCGCCACCCUGAACCCCUUGUUUCGCGAUCAAAUCUCCGCCUUCUACACCGAUCAGUUCCCUGGAAAUCUUAGUGAUGAACCGGCCAAAUUGGCUGAUUUCGCUGCCGCUGUAUCUGCAGGCGAGCUCCACGAAAUGCAGGAAGUUCUCGAGACCAUGAACAUCGAGGAACGUCUUCCCAAAGCACUUGUCGUUUUGAAGAAGGAAUUGAUGAACGCUCAGCUGCAAUCUAAGAUUACCAAAGAUGUCGAGGCCAAGAUCCAGAAACGCCAACGAGAAUACUGGCUGAUGGAGCAGAUGAAGGGCAUCAAGAGAGAGCUUGGCAUCGAGUCUGAUGGGAAAGAUAAGCUUGUCGAGAAAUUUAAGGAGAAGGCCGAGAAGCUUGCCAUGCCAGAGGUUGUCAAGAAGGUCUUCGAUGAGGAGGUCAAUAAGCUGGCGCACCUUGAACCUGCUGCGUCGGAGUUCAAUGUUACCCGCAACUACCUAGACUGGCUGACCCAAAUCCCAUGGGGCCAGAAGAGCGUGGAAAACUUCGGUGUUAAACACGCGGUGGGCGUCCUGGAUGAGGACCACUACGGCCUGAAGGAUGUCAAGGAUCGUAUUCUUGAGUUCAUCGCCGUCGGCAAGCUCCGUGGAACCGUCGAAGGGAAGAUUCUGUGUCUGGUUGGCCCACCCGGUGUUGGAAAGACCAGUAUCGGCAAGUCGAUCGCUCGAGCUCUGAACAGACAAUACUACCGCUUCUCCGUCGGUGGUUUGACCGACGUCGCAGAGAUCAAGGGCCACCGACGGACGUACGUGGGUGCUCUACCUGGACGAAUCAUCCAAGCUCUCAAGAAGUGUCAGACCGAGAACCCUCUUAUCCUCAUCGACGAGAUUGACAAGAUCGGGCGUGGCCAUCAGGGUGAUCCGUCCUCUGCUCUGCUUGAACUUCUUGACCCCGAACAGAACAACUCCUUCCUAGACCACUACAUGGAUGUUCCUGUGGAUCUGUCUAAGGUCCUCUUCGUUUGCACUGCCAAUGUGACUGACACUAUUCCCCGGCCACUCCUGGAUCGUAUGGAACUCAUCGAAUUGUCUGGCUACGUGGCCGACGAGAAGAUGGCCAUUGCUGAGAGAUAUCUAGCCCCCGCCGCUAGGGAGCUCACGGGCUUGAAGGAUGUCGAUGUGAACCUCGGGCGGGAUGCUAUCGAGGAGUUGAUCAAGUCAUACUGCCGCGAAAGCGGUGUCCGCAACCUGAAGAAGCAGAUCGAGAAGGUUUACCGGAAAGCAGCAUUCAAGAUUGUCCAGGAUCUAGGCGAGGAUGUGAUGUCCGAACAGGCGGCCCUAACGGAAGAGGGCAAGGCUGCCCAAGAGGAGUCAAAGGAGCAUGAGCCAGCUGAUCCCGCGCAAGUUCCCGUCGAGCCAGAGAAGUCGACCACCGAGACUCCUCGAUUGGCCCUGAAAGUUCCAGAGGGUGUGCAUCUCAGCAUCGGCAAGGGUGAACUGAAGGACUACGUUGGACCUCCUGUCUUUACCUCCGACCGCUUGUACGAUCAGUUCCCUCCUGGUGUCACCAUGGGUCUUGCAUGGACCAGCAUGGGCGGAGCUGCUCUGUAUGUUGAAUGUAUUCUGGAGAAUGCCUUGGCUCACAACUCGCGUCCGGGACUCGAAAUCACCGGCAACCUCCAAAACGUCAUGAAGGAGUCCACUCACAUUGCCUACUCAUUCGCGAAAUCUGUUAUGGCCCGACAAUUCCCAGAGAACCAGUUCUUCGAAAAGGCGAAGGUCCACCUGCACUGCCCUGAAGGUGCUGUUCCAAAGGAUGGACCCUCUGCGGGUAUCACCAUGGCUAGCGCCUUGCUUUCUUUGGCCCUAAACCACUCCCUUGAGCCCACCGUUGCUAUGACCGGAGAGUUGACUGUAACUGGUAAGGUCCUGCGCAUUGGAGGGUUGAGAGAGAAGACCGUUGCCGCUCGUCGCGCUGGAGCUACCAAGAUUCUCUUCCCUGCGGACAAUACGUCUGACUGGCUUGAGCUACCAGAGAACAUCAAGGAGGGCAUUGAAGGCCACCCAGUGAACUGGUACUCCGAGGUCUUUGACCUUCUCUUCCCUACUCUUGAUAAGGAAGCUGCCCGCACGGUCUGGCAAAAGGCCCUAGCUAAGCCUGAGAAGGCUAGCGGCGAGGCUGAUGAAGCGUAG